UAAUAUUAGCUUAGCUAGAUCCCAAAACCCUUAGGUUAAUUCAUUAUAGUAUAUUCUCUACCCCAUAAAAGAGAUCCAUGACCAGUGAGCUCUGUUUCACAAGUUUUUCUUAAUCUCUCUCUCUCCCUCUCGCUCUCUCUAUCUAUUUUCCCGUUGUGAAUUUUUGUUCGAUGAGGGAGAACACACACAUGGCUCAAUCCACAGACGAUCACCAUCAACAGAGACAUCAAAACUCAAUAACGAGUCUAAGCUCUAAACUUGCAAAGACAUGGAUCACCACCAAAGUCUUCAUCUUCGUACUCUUCUUUAUCUUCCUUAGUGCUUCUGUCUCUUGGAUGUAUACGUUUCUAUUAGGUGAGAAUCCAUUCCAAGUAACAUCAAUAUUCACAAGAAACACCAAGGAAAGCCCUACCACAGCAACAAAAACAAUUACAGAUAUCCCCAAGAUCAUUAUCAAGAUCCCAUUGAACUGCACAUCACUCAACAGCACCACAACACAGACAUGUCCUACAAAUUACCCAACCAAGUUCGAACCAGCCAUCUCUUCCUCGGAGACAUGUCCCGACUACUUCAGGUGGAUCCACCGGGACUUAAAGGUAUGGCAAAAGACAGGGAUCACAAGGGAAACACUAGAGAAAGCAAGACCCAAUGCUCACUUCAGGCUAGUGAUAAAGUCAGGGAGAUUAUACGUUCAUCAAUACGAGAAAGCAUUCCAAACAAGAGAUGUGUUCACAAUAUGGGGGAUACUUCAGCUUCUAAGGAUGUAUCCUGGUCAAAUCCCUGACCUUGAGCUUCUCUUCCUCUGCCAUGAUAGACCCGCCAUCUGGAAAAAAGACUUUAACAAAAAAAGUAAGGACACGUGGCCUCCUCCGCCGUUGUUUCACUACUGUGGUCACCGGGACGCAUACGACAUCGUUUUCCCUGAUUGGAGCUUCUGGGGAUGGCCUGAGCUUAACAUAAAGGAGUGGAAUAAGUUAUCUGUGGCACUAAAAGGAGGGAACAAAAGGGUGAAAUGGGAAGAUAGAGUUCCCUACGCUUAUUGGAAAGGAAACCCUGAUGUUUCUUAUAUUAGAGGUGAUCUUAUGAAAUGUAACUUCUCCGACAAGUAUGAUCCUAUGGUUCGUCUCUAUGUCCAGAAUUGGAGGAGUGAGAUAGAGGCCGGGUUUAGAGGAUCGAACCUAGAAGACCAAUGCACUCACAGAUAUAAGAUCUACAUAGAAGGCAAUGCAUGGUCGGUGAGCGAAAAGUAUAUACUCUCGUGUGAUAGUAUGACUCUGUUGGUUAAACCAGAGUACUACGAUUUUUUCGUUCGGAGUAUGGUUCCAAUGAAGCAUUACUGGCCCAUUAGACCAAACAACAAAUGUGGUGACCUCAAAUUCGCUGUUGAAUGGGGUAAUAACAACACGGAAAAGGCACAAAUCAUAGGGAGACAAGGAAGUGAGUACGUGAUGAAGAACUUAGAGAUGAAGUAUGUGUAUGAUUACAUGUUGUAUGUGUUGCAAGGCUAUGGAAAACUGAUGAAGUUGGAUGUGACAGUGCCUGAAAAUGCGACAGAAGUGUGUUCUGAGACAAUGGCUUGUCCAAUCACUGAUGGUGGUCUGAUCAGGCAGUGCAUGGACGACUCCUUGGUUAUGUCUCCAAGCGUCAAGGCUGCCUGCGAUUUGCCUCCUCCUUAUAGAGAUUAUGAGCUCAAGAAGCUUCUUAAGAAACAAGUACGUGCAGAAAAAAAAGUUGAGAAGUCAACCGAUGAGUACUGGAACUUGAGAGGUCCAAACUAAGAUUGAUAUUUUUAACAGAGUGAGAAAUAUAGCUGUAAAAGCCUGGUUUAAUUUGUAUGAAAAUACUAAAGAUAAUCCAAUUUAGCCAAUUGACUAAUAUAAUGUGUGGUGUCUUUU